GGAAAAGGGAAAAAGUUUGGUUCCUGUCAGUCCGAAGAGGUUUGUUUUACACAGUUAUAUUACAGAAUCUUAAGUUAUUUGUUUAAAAACACGAAUAUCAAGAUUCAUUCGAGCAGUUGAAAUGCUUGAGGACGAAAGCAGUGAGGGGAACGAAGCAGAAGAGUUUAUCGCACUCGCGGAUUUUGAGGCUGAUGGUGAUGAGCAGCUCAGUUUCUUAGCGGGCAACAUAUUAAUGGUCCAAGACAAGAAUUCAGAAGAUUGGUGGUGGGCUGAACUGCAUGGUCACUUUGGUUAUGUGCCAUCUAGCUAUUUACGCCAAAAAACUGAGGAUGAAGAAGUGGAAGAUGCUUGGCAAGAUGACGAAUACUUCAGCAAUUAUGGGACAUUAAGGCUACACUUGGAGAUGCUGUCAGAUAAACCCCGCACAGAAACGUACAGGCAGGUGAUCCUGAACAAUAGUGCUGCCCUGAAAGGAAAGGUGGUCAUGGAUUUGGGCUGUGGGACAGGGGUUAUCAGCCUCUUUUGUGCCCGUUUAGCACAUCCUGCAGCGGUAUACGCUGUGGAGGCCAGCUCGAUAGCAGAACACACAGAAGAACUUGUGAAAAAGAACGGGUGUGAGGGGGUUAUAAAAGUAUUUCAGGACCGAGCUGAAAAUCUCACCCUGCCUGGGAAAGUUGAUGUUCUUGUGUCAGAGUGGAUGGGCAACUGUCUUCUGUUUGAGUUCAUGGUGGAGUCGGUGUUGCUGGCACGUGAUCGGUGGCUGAAGGAAGGUGGAAUGAUGUGGCCGUCCUCCGCCUGCCUGACGGUCAUCCCUUGCCAGGCCUUCUCUGACUACAGGCAAAAAAUGGAGUUCUGGGAGCAGCCAUAUGGAUUAGACUUCAGUUGUCUACACCCACUUGCACAAAAAGAGUUUCUCUCCAAGCCUAAGUUUGGACAUCAUCUUUUACUCGAAGACUGCUUGUCCACUCCAUCUGAUGUUAUCACUCUUGAUAUGGGCACGAUGCAGGUCUCAGACUUGGAGAGGCUCAAAGGAGAGUUUAGUUUUACUAUCGAGAAGUCAGGCACAUUGCAUGGCUUCACGGUCUGGUUCAGUGCACAUUUCCAGAGUUUAGAAGAGGAUGGGCCGUCACUGGAGUUAAACACAGGACCAUAUUCAGAGAUCACACACUGGAAACAGACUCUCUUUAUGUUGGAUACACCAGUGACAGUUGGGGAAGAAGAUGUGAUCGUGGGCUCCAUACGUCUGCAGAGAAAUCCCAUCUGGAGACGUCACUUGUCAAUUACAUUUUCAUGGACCAUAAAUGGCACAGAAGGUUCUAGGAGCGGUCGGCCUGGCUUGGUGUCAUGCCCACUUCUAUGAUUGACAGCCUACAUGCUGCAGCUACAGAUGUUGAGGAAUCUGUGACAAAAGGCUGAAAUAGGGGAUCAUCCCCAGCUUUCUCUUCUUCGCACUCGGCCUCUCCUUCAUCCGUCUGCAUCUGGUGCUUUACGCAGUGUUUCUCGAAGGUGGACAUCUUUAUAAACGUCUUGUUGCACACCUUGCAAUGGUAGAGAUGCUCUCCGUUGCGUAUGUGCAGUUUCAGCUGCAGAUAUGAGGAUUGUGCGAAGGCUCCCGAGCACACGCUACAGCAGAGCGUCUGGUGGCUUUUUUCAUGUUGUUUUAACAUUGACAUUGACCUGAAGCCUUUUUCGCACGUGGCACAGACGUACCUGCUCUCACUUAACUCCAGAGCCUGAUGGUUCAGCAGGUGAGUUGAUGUGCGGAAGCCCUUCCCACACUUUUCGCAUUUAAAAGGCCUCUCGCCUGUGUGCAGGCGCAUGUGAACUACAAGUCCGGCUUUUUGUAUAAAAGCUUUAUCACACUGUGUACACUUAAAAGGCUUUUCACCCGUGUGCAGCCUCUGAUGGGUUUUCAAGUGUGAGGCUCGGCCAAAGCACUUGUUGCAGUCUGGACAUUUGAAUGGUUUCUCGCCUGAGUGGAUGGCCUUGUGACACAUAAGUUGGGACGACUGCAUGAACAUUUUUGAGCAUACGCCACAUUUGUACUUCCUCUCUCCGGUGUGUGAGCGCAUGUGGAGCGUCAGAUGAGAAGAGGAAAUGAAUGUCUUGCUGCAAAUACGGCAGGUAUGAGGCUUCUCCGCAGCAUGGGUCCGUUUAUGCAGAACCAAACCAGAAGAAUGGCUAAAACUUUUGUUGCAGUAUGGGCAUUUGUAGGGUUUCUCUUCACCAUGCCCUCGCUGGUGCCUGUUGACCGUUGAUUCCUGGGCAGUAGACUUGUCACAAAGACCACAAGGGUGGGAUCGAGGCUUGGAAGAGUGGGACAUCACGGAAUGAACCAUAAGAUCAUCUUUUUAACAACCCUAAAGUGAAAGAUAUUGCUUUAGAUAGCAUUACUUGUGUUGGUUAUACAAAAAAUGAUACAAAAGCCAUUUAUGGUCAUCAUCACCCAAUGAAAAAGGCUCCUUUAAAUUUAUUAUAAAGACAAAAUUAACUGAUUUGCAUAAUUUAAUUACAAUAUUAGAUUUUUUAUGUGUUAUUAUAAUUCGCGAUUUCGCAUUAACAUUUAAUUAAAUAUGGUAAUGAAGCAUAUUUGGCAUGCUUUCCAAGAGGGCAGCUGCGAAGCUCGUAAAUUUAACCCGAACCCAAGUACUCCCCCUGGGAGAGAUGACAGAUGAGAGUGAGGUGAUGGGUGGAGGAGGGAUGCUCCAAAAACGGUCAUAGGACAGAGGUGAAGGACGCUAUAGCUCUUAGCGCUGAUUGGUUGGAUUACAUGACCAUGCUACUCGGAUCAGAGGUGGGUAGUAACGAAUUACAUUUACUUCGUUACAUGUACUUGAGUACAUUUUUUGUGUAACUAGUACUUUUAGAGUAAAUUUAAGGAUAGGUACUUUUUACUCUUACUCAAGUACAUUUCUAGUGAAAAAACUGUACUUUUACUUCGCUACAUUCGGCGGCGUUACUGCGCUACUUUCAAAUGGUAAUAAUUAAUGAAUAUAUAUAUUUUUUAAAGUUUAUAGGGCGUGUUCGAAAGUUUCGCGAGACAGGCUGCGUCACCCUUUAGCGCGCGCGACCGCGCGGUCACCCUUUAGCGCGCGCAACCGCGCGUAGAUGAUAGGAGAAGCAGAUGAGGGCGCGUGUGUGAGAUAUCGGAGGCAGAUCAUGCUCGGCGGCUUCAAGUUCGGUCUAUGUUUUCACUCCAAGAGGUCAAAAAGAAUAGUUUCAUGAUGCGAUGCAUGCUUUGUUCAGUAAACGAGCUGACAUCUCAGCGUACAGGAAUUAAAGAUCCAACCUGAAGUAAGUGUCACAGUAUUGUCUAUUUGAACACUAUUAAUGGUCAUUUCACACACUGUCCGAGUUUUUUUGCCAUAUGCACUCUUGUGCAAGCGAUGACAAACCCUAGUGUAAGUUAAACCAUACAAACAGCACCUUCAUCUGCACAUUUCCGUAUAAUUUCCCCACAACUAAACAAACUGAACAGCAAAAUGUAAGGACGUCUUGCAUUUAUACACAAAUCCGGACACCUCACUAAUGUGUAGAAAAUACAUUCAAAUAAAAACGGGAUUGUAUUUUAAUUAAAUCCUUCCUAAAGAAUGAAUGAAUAAAAAUAAAAGAAUAAAGUUUGAUUUUAAAGAAACGUGAAUUAUAUAUUAUACUAAAUGUAGAGUUGAUUUGCACAAACAGAUAAGUUCCAUAUGAAAUUCUAAAAUGAUCAUUUUUAUUAAGCUCCUGUUUAUGUUCAGUAAUUGCACUUUAAUGGCAAUGAAAAUAACCUAUUCAUAUAAAAACAUGAUAACAAACAGAGACACACGUUCUUUUUUGUUUACUGUUUGCAUGUUUAAAGGCAGAUGCUGACAAGUUUGUGUUGUGAACAUGAAAUUAAAUACAGAGUUAACCGACAGAAAAUAUCUGUGUGUGUUUGAGAUUUUUUUCUCAAAUGAUACGUUAUGACCCAUUGCAGGACUGAGAUAGGCUGCUUUACUUGUAUAUAAGCAGAACAAUGAGACUUUUAAGGAGAGGUUUUUGAAAACCCUCCAAGUAGUCUGAAAUUCAGUUAUUUUGUGCUACUUCUCUAUCAGAUCGGAAGUAACGAGUAACUAACUACUUGAGUAGUUUUUUCAUCUAAUACUUUUUUACUCUUACUCAAGUAAAUAAUUAGAUUGAUACAUUUACUUUUACUUGAGUACAUUUUUGUUUAAGUACUUGUACUUUUACUUGAGUACAGAUUUUGGGUACUCUACCCACCUCUGACUCGGAUACCGGAUUUAGUAAAAUAACAUUUCAUUUAUAAAAAAAAUCUAUUUUAUGUAUCUAUGUCACAGUUUGAUAUGCUGUUAUUAAAUU